CUUGUAAAGAACAAGGCAGAUGUCAAUGCACAGGGAGGUCAAUUUGGUAAUGCACUGUAUGCAGCAGCAUAUCAGGAAAAUCUGGAUAUAGUCAAGUUUCUUGUAGGGAACAAGGCAGAUGUCAGUGCACAAGGAGGGAUUUUUGGUAAUGCACUGCAGGCAGCAGUAUAUCGGGGAAAUCUGGAGAUUGCCAAGUUUCUUUUAGAGAACAAGGCAGAUGUCAAUGCACAGGGAGGGUUAUAUGGUAAUGCACUACAGACAGCAGCAUAUCAGGGAAAUCUGGAGAUUGCCAAGUUUCUUGUAGAAAACAAGGCAGAUGUCAAUGCACAGAGAGGUCGAUUUGGUAAUGCACUGCAGGCAGCAGCACGUCAGGGAAAUCUGGAUAUAAUCAAGUUUCUUGUAGAGAACAAGGCAGAUGUCAAUGCACAGGGAGGUCGAUUUGGAAAUCCACUGCAGGCAGCAGCAUAUCAGGGAAAUCUGGAGGUUGCCAAGCUUCUUGUAGAGAAUGAGGCAGAUGUCAAUGCACAGGGAACAUUUGGUAGUGCACUGGACGCUGCAGCAAUUCAUGGAAAUCUGGAUAUAGUCAAGUUCCUUGUAGAGGAAAAAAAUGUGGAUGUCAAUGCACCACAAGGGAUACAUGAAACAUCACUGCAGGCAGCAGCAUGUUAUGGUCAUCUACAUAUUGUGAAAUAUCUA